AUGUACAAGAAAGGAGUUGUCCUGCAUCUGCAUCGCUCGACCCCUGAGAAUCCCCCUCCCCGGAAUCUCACAGCAGCCAAUCAUCCGCUGCGCGCCCCUGUACGAUUCAGCUGCCAGCCUGCCAGUGCCCGAACGGGGUUGGAGAGCCGGGGAGCCGCCCUUCCAGAGCCGGAUCUGGAGCUUCUGGUUUUCCAAUACUCCUACUUGAAAGCCGAUCGUCUGAAUGUUGUGCCGUCUCUUUUCCAGGGACUGUGCGCCUGGACUACCUCUGCAUUGCUUUUUUCAACCCUGAAUUCUUUCGCCGGAAUCUAUGCCACGUUCAUCGUGAGGGGCAUUACUGCAAGGCAGCUGUGGCUCGAUAUCAUGUUCGCACGCUAA